GCCCCAAUUUUCUUUAUUAAUGUGGUACCAUUGAGGGCCAUGGGAAGAGAUGAGAUUUGGAUUUCUAAAUAAGUAUUCAUAUUUAUCCUGACUAUGAUGUGUUGGGGAGAGAUAGCCAACACUGACCUCCCAGAGUUAUCUCAUGUUUCUUCCUCAUUCGCUCACAUGACAGGAUAUUUAUAACAUAACCCAACUUAGUGCCCUGGUUCCUUCUUGGCAUUUUGACGAGCUCUUCUCUAUAUAAUGGCAACCGUUCUAGGCCCAUUCGGACUCUAGAGGAACCCAAUAUGAAAUUAUUAUCAUUCCAAGUUACCUAAAGAUAGCUAGGCACUUCCGGCAUCAGGCGUUGAAGUCAUGGCUGCCUUCCUCCGAGCUGUGCCGCGGUCGCCAGGGCCAGAUGCAUGGGGAAGGGCUCUCCACGAGCUGUGGUGCUGCAGUGGGCAGGAUCCUAGGAGGUGGGUGGGAAGCAGGCCACCAGCCUCCAAGGAGAAACCACCCGGCACAGAGACAGAGACAUUUCAGAUGGUGUACCGGUUUGAUGCCAUCAGGGUUUUCGGGUACUUGUCUCAGCUGAAGGUGGCACAAACGGCCCUGACGGUGGUGGCCUUGCCGCCUGGCCUCUACUGGUACUCCCAGGGCCUCAUGACCUUCAACUCCUUGUGCCUGGCGGGCGGGAUCGCUGGCUUUGCCCUGGCCAUGUUGUGCUGGAUGAGCCAUUUCUUCCGGAGGCUGGUGGGCAUCCUGUACGUGAACGAGUCGGGCACCAUGCUGCGGGUGGCCCACCUGACCUUCUGGGGCCGGCGACAGGAGACAUACUGCCCUGUGGCCGACGUGAUCCCCAUGACGGAAAGCCAGGAUCGGCCUCAGGAGCUGUUUGUGCGGAUCCAGCAGUACAAUGGGAAACAGACCUUCUACCUCACCCUGCGCUACGGACGCAUCCUGGACCGAGAGCGUUUCACACAGGUGUUUGGGAUGCUGGACAAGCUCAAGUGAACGGGCAGGAGCCAGGCCUCCUGCAGGAAGCCUGAGGGUGUGGGUGGGGCUGAAGGAGGGGGUCGGGCAGCUGGAGACUUUGCUGGGGCCCCUGGGAACUUGUCUUUUGGGAUGAGGAAAUUCAUGAGGUAGAAGUGAGUAACUGGGUUUAGAAAGAGGCCCUGAGUGCAGAUUCUUAACUGCACUUGUGUGUGACAUUCAGAUAAUGGCCAGAAGUUUCUGUUAAGAGCCAGUUCUUGGAGGAAGAGAUGCUAAGCUCUCUCGAACAGUUUACACUGCUGUGACAUCAAAGACAGAGAGGUGGGGGGCGGGAGCCAGAAGACUUGGGUCUGUCCGUUUCCAAAUCCCUGUCCUGGGGCAGGUUAUCAAGUCUCUCAGAACUUUGGUUUUCACAUCUUUUUUUUUUUUUUUUUAACAUGUUUGUUGGCGUGUAGUUGCUUUACAGUGGUGUGUUGGUUUCUGCUUUAUAACAAAGUGAAUCAGCUAUAAAAAAAAAAAUAGCUAGGCUCUAUGAGAUUGAGGAAAUAGUACGAUAAGAGGAAAACUAGUCUCACCUCUGAUUGUUCCUUCAUAACGCUCUCCGUCGCAUUGCAGGCAUGGCUUGGGGAGAAGGCUAUCUGUUUUGAUCAAGGUAAGAGCCUGGGAAAGGGUACGGCAGUAAUGGAGACAGAAAAGAAAGCCCAAAUUUACUGAGUAUUGACUGUAUGCAGGCACUAUAUAUGCUAGCUUACUGGAUCUUUACAAUAAUCCUAACAUGGAGUGUUUUUAUGUUAUAGAUGAGGACGUUAGGAUCAGAGAAUCAUGCAUUUGUUUCUGAGAUUCAGGAUUUCAUAAUGCACAAAGUGGUCUUACCUUACCAGUGAUGUUCAUGGACAAAAACACCUACAUCCACUUUUGACGAUUAAGGAGUCCUGUUGAAGUAUUGUUUAACUAGGAUAUUUCAGUGUUCUUUACCCAUACCUUCUAAGGUCAUGAUGAAGAAAAGAGUCUGAAAGGGGCCUCCUCUGCCAUCCAGAAAGGCCCUCUGCAUGGUAGCACCUCUCCAACCUUCUUUGCCCCUUUGACUUUCUUUUCUUUCUUGAACUUAGCACCACUUGGCAUAUACAUACUUGUUUAUUAUCUAUUUCUUUUAUGAGAAGGUAAGCUUCAUGAGAUGUGAUGCAAGCUCCAUGAGAUCAGGAGCUUUAUUCUGUUCAGUCCCUAAAAGAAGGCCUGGCACAUAGUAGCCCUAAAUAUUUGAUGGAUGUGUUAAUGCCAGAAACUUCCUAAGAGUUGGUAGCUCAGAAUCAGCAUGGGUCUUGAGUAAACAACAAAACCAAAAAGGAGAUUAUUCACAUAAAGAGAAAUGUAAAAGAAUGCAUGAGCUGUUGAAAAUAGACAAGAGGGGGAAAAAAAAAAGAAAAAGAAAAAAAACUUCUCUUAAUUCCAUUCAUAAGAAACCCAUUCCUAUGUUUUACAUGUGAAAAUGUUUCAUGUGCCAUCUCCUUCACCCAAUAGUUAUCCUAAAGAGGGAUUUAAAAAUAAGUAUCAAAGAUACAGCUGUUUUCCCAUUUAAACAGCAGUCAAAAAAGAGCCCAAAGUGACAGUUUUCCUGUCUGGCCACUAUUCUGUUGUCUGUAUCUGAUUUAUGACAUUUUGGGAAAACACAGCUAAAAACAAGUUAGUGCUGAGGUGGGUGUGCUUCUGAUUCCUUCUCUUCUUCAGAGCAUGGCUGAGUUGAAAACAUAAAACAUAGAGGAAACCUGUGGCAUUGCUGGAUUCUCUGGAAGGGUGCUGUUCACAUUCAAGAUAAUGAAAGGAAUUUCUCCUAGAAACUGCAGUGGAGCCACACUGGCACAUGAGGGCUGUUAGUCUGGUUUUGUAUCUCAUAAACAUGCCCUGCUUUGUAGGUGUGAGGAGUGAGGGCAAGAGUGAGCAGUAGGGCAGCCUGGGAACUCUUCACUGGAGUCCCCUUAGCCACUGUGGCUUGGCGGUAUCCAUGGUGCUGGUGAUGGCUAAGCUCCAUCUCUCCAAGGGCAGGGCUCAGCCGUGCCAUGGUGGUUGGCAGCACCAAGAAGGGCAGGCCACACCGGGCUUCAGGGGAGACUGGCCCAAGAUGUUUACAGCCAUGUCUCCCUCCCCAUUCUCCUCAGGUUGUUGGGUCACUGAAUCUGUUUCCUGCCUCCCAGCUUAAAGUCCUUGAGGAGAAUUCCAAUAACAUCUAGAGGAAGUGCUGGAAUCUAAGAAGUCUCUCUCCCAGUCCUCUUUGGGGGUAAAUCUGAGGUUUGGGUAAAAUUCUCAACACGUAAAGAUGAGUAAAUAGAAAUUCUCCUCACACAGUUUGGGACCCUAUACAAAGUUUACAUAAUUAAGACAACAGAGCCUAACAUUCAAGAAACAUUCAUACAGUUACCAAAUAUUUAUUGAUUAUCUCUCAUGUACCUGACAUUCUUCUAGAUGCUUAGAAUAGAGCAGUGAACAAAAGAAACAAAAACCCCUGCCUUCAUGGAACAUAUAUUCUAUCAGAGAGAAAAUUUUUUUUCUGAAGGAAAGAAGGAAAUUUUAAAUAACAUCUGCUCUGCUCUGUUCUUUCAAAAAACAAACAAAAAGGAUUCCAUAGCUAUCCCACUUGGAGUAUAUACCCUCAGGAGACAUUCUACAUAUGCACAAGGAGAUUGGCACAGUGAUAUUCACGAAAAGUUGUUCAUGGUAGAGAAAAUUGCAAACAACCUCAAUGUCACUAGAGAAAAGGAUAAAUGUGGUUUGUUUAUUUUAUAGCACUCUAUCACAGUGGUUUAGUGUAUAGCUCUGAGGCCAGAAGCCUGGGUUUUAAUCCAGCUGUACCAGUCACUGGUCUUUUCUUUUUUUUCCCGCCAGCUUUAUUGAGGUGUAAUUAACACAUUGUGUAAGUUUAAGGUGUACAAUAUGUUGAUUUGAUACAUUUCUAUAUUGAAAAAUGGUUACCACCGGACUUACCUGGUGGCCA